AUUAGACAAAAGUCUGUCUCGGUGACCGGGACGCGUUCGUUGGCCAGCUGAAAUCUUGCAUUUAACAGAGGAUAACCAGAGAGGGAACAACAUGCAAAUUGAGUGCAUUUUACUGAUGACCGUUCUGAUUGCUGGUGUCACCGCGAGCUGGCGGAUACAGACGGUCGAUGACCUUCUGCGCAAUCGGAAUAAAUGCAUCAAAAUACUGGAUAUCGGUGACGGACUGGCGGAGGAGUUUGGAUUUUUCGAUUUCGCUGACCAAGAUCAAGCUAAAUGCGUAAUCAAAUGCAUUAUGAAUAGGAUGGGCUUGUUCAACGAUAAACGGGGCCCCCACGUGGGACGUCUGCUGAAGCAAAUGAAGUUCGCUUCACUCUCCAGUACCAAAGAGAUUCGUGAGGAAAUACUGCAGUGCGUGUAUCAGGACAUGGAAAUGGAUCCGCAGGAAGGUUGUGAAAGGGCCUAUGCUCUGUAUCAAUGCAUUCAGAACAGUAAUCUGAUGCUGAUGAAAGCGCCAGAUUCGAAGACGUGAUCGAUCAGCUAUAAGGGCGGUACACUCCGGAAAAGUGUGUCAUCAUUUAAUACAUAAUAACAUCACGUAGUUGUAAGUGCGGUGGAUUCCUUUAACUUGAUAAGCAGUGUACGCAUAAUUGCUCCUUUGUGAUAGUCGGGUCGAUCACGCCACACUGCGACUAUUAUCACCAACUGGUAGGAUGCUGGCAGCAAGAGUCACGCGAGCAGGACGUCGCUGUGGUCUGCCAACUUAUGCAGGAUUAUAUUUGUUAGCAAAAACUCGGUGUUUUACAGGAGUACUGUGCAAACUGUGCAGAUAAUUGAAACAAUCAAAUUGACGAUCAGGCGUAGAUGAGCUAUAAAACCGUAACUCUUAAUAAACGGGAGAAGCCAUUGUUUUGUUUUGUGUUGUUGAUAAUAGCGAAAAAUCAACAUCUUUUUAUUAUCUAUGAAUGAGUGGUAAAUAAAAUUCCUCUCUUUUACUCUCGGUGUAUUUUCUGAAUAAAAUAGCUAUGUUUAUGAACAUUGCAUCCUACUGAUAUGGUUUACAUGAAAAUAACUUUGGAGUCUAUAGUUUGGCAAUUGACUUUCUAAUAAUUAUGGUUUACUACACCAAUACAUAGCACUACAUCAAAACAUAUUGAAUAGUACUAAUUAUAUAGUUAUUCGGUGUUUAUUUUUUGAAAUAUUCUGCAAAUUGAAAAACAGCAAGUACAAAACAUUACCCACGAUGAUUUAAACACAAUGUGAAAUAUACAAUACAUUACUAGUAAAUAUUAAGAAGUUA